CGCGACCCCUGCCGCCCCAACCCAGCGGCCGCCGGGCGGUGCAGCUGACUCGCCGGAGCGCAUUGGGGUGUGGGCGGAGGCGGCCCCGCCGCGCCCGCGCCUUCGGGAGUCGCUUUGCCUCUUCCACCCACUCGCACCUGCCACCGCGCGGAUACCAUGUCGAAGGCGGCCGGAGGUCCGGCGGCGGCGGCGGCUGAAAGUUGUCCCUCGGCCUCUGCCGGCCCGUCCGCCGCCGCCGCGGUGGAGGACCUGUCCAAAGUGUCGGACGAGGAGCUGCUGCAGUGGAGCAAGGAGGAGCUGAUCCGCAGCCUGCGGCGCGCCGAGGCCGAGAAGGUGAGCGCGAUGCUGGACCACAGCAACCUCAUCCGCGAGGUGAACCGCCGCCUGCAGCUGCACCUCGGCGAGAUCCGCGGGCUCAAGGAUAUCAACCAGAAACUCCAGGAGGACAACCAGGAGCUGAGGGACCUCUGCUGUUUCCUGGAUGAUGACCGGCAGAAAGGCAAGAGGGUGUCCCGGGAGUGGCAGAGACUGGGCCGCUACACGGCUGGGGUGAUGCACAAGGAAGUGGCCUUAUAUCUGCAGAAGCUGAAGGAGCUGGAGGUGAAGCAGGAGGAGGUGGUGAAGGAGAACAUGGAGCUCAAGGAGCUCUGCGUGCUGCUCGACGAAGAGAAGGGCGCCGGCUGCGCGGGCAGCCGCUGCUCCAUCGACAGCCAGGCCAGCCUGUGCCAGCUCACCGCCUCCACGGCGCCCUAUGUGCGGGACGUGGGCGACGGCAGCAGCACCUCCAGCACCGGCAGCACCGACAGCCCGGACCACCACAAGCACCACGCCAGCAGCGGCAGCCCGGAGCACCUGCAGAAGCCCCGGGGCGAGGGCAGCCCGGAGCGCGCCAAGCACCGCAGCACCAGCCCCGAGCAUCUGCAGAAACCCCGAGCCGCCGGAACCCCGGAUCACCCCAAAGCACUCAAAGGACCCAGCCCCGAGCACCACAAACCCUUGUGCAAGGGCAGCCCUGAGCAGCAAAGGCCCCCGCACCCCGGGAGCAGCCCCGAAACGCUGCCCAAGCAUGUGCUGAGUGGGAGCCCGGAACACUUUCAGAAGCACAGGCCGGGGGGCAGCCCGGAGCACGCGAGGCACAGCGGAGGGAGCCCCGAGCAUCUGCAGAAACACGCCCUCGGCGGGAGCCUGGAGCAUCUACCCAGAGCCAGGGGCACCAGCCCUGAGCACCUCAAACAACAUUUUGGGGGGAGCCCCGAUCACAAACACGUGGGCGGAGGAGGCGGAGGCAGCGGCGGAGGCAGCAGGGAGGGUACUCUCCGAAGACAGGCGCAGGAGGACGUGUCACCCCAUCACCGGAGUGUCUACAGUGGCAUGAACGAAUCAACCUUGUCCUAUGUUAGGCAGCUGGAGGCAAGAGUAAGACAGCUGGAGGAAGAAAAUCGCAUGCUGCCCCAGGCCACCCAGAAUAGAAGGCAACCUCCAACUAGAAACAGCUCAAAUAUGGAGAAAGGCUGGGGGCCCAGAGCCCGGCGGGUCUUGCAGUGGUGGCAAGGGUGCCGAGGAAUAGGAAGAUGCCUGCCCACUCUCCCGGGUUCUUUUAGGUUGUCAUCUGGGGCUGAUGGGAGUAACAGUCCACCCAACUCUCCAGCUAGCUUCAGUGGACAUACCACACCUUCUCAGCAGCCUGAACCCGUGGUACAUUCUCUUAAGGUCUUGGAUGUUCAGGAAACUAUAGAUCGUCAACAGGGUAAAGAGUAUGAAAAUGACCUUAGUGAGACAGAAAAAGCUAUAGUCAGAGAAAUGUGCAAUGUUGUGUGGAGGAAACUUGGAGAUGCUGCAGGUUCCUGUCCUGGGAUUAGGCAACAUUUGUCUGGAAACCAGUACAAAGGACCGAUGUGAAAGGCAGUCUUUCAAACAAGAGAUCACCACUGCCAGAGAGAGAUAAAAGAAGAAAAAAGUGGGUUUCCACAAACCUGGACUCAUUGAAUAACCUGGAGUGAUUGUACAUUGCACAUAUU